GACAGGAGAAACGGAGGCGGGGACGCUGUGCCGAUAGCUAACUGUAAGCGAAACUACGAGAAAACAACAAAACAAGCGUAUUGUAACACACUUUUUUAAUGUGUUUGUGUAUAAGCGACGCUGCUCCUGAAGAAAGGGAGAGGAACAGUUUGUCACGAGCCUCCUUGUGUAAAUUCACUGACGCACGUUCUACUCGACUCAUCGGGCGCUCAUUACAUCAGUCAGACAGGCGCUCAUCAGUGGCUAGUUAGCUUAUCGAUAUUUAGAUAGUGCCGGGACCAGGAUGAUAGAGGAUUAUAUGUGAAGAACGAGCCCGACCACGUGCCAUGUCUCUGGUUUUCCCACGUCCCAACACUAACGCAGUCCACGGUAAGAAGGAUAAGAGACUGAUGGCGGAAGUGAAUGCAUCGCCUCUAAAGCACUUUGUUACUGCAAAGAAGAAGAUCAACGGGAUCUUUGAACAACUGGGGGCCUACAUCAAGGAGAGUGCAUCCUUUCUAGAAGAUGCGUACAAAAAUGAUGAGCUGGACCCGGUCACCACAGAGGAGCAGGUCCAGGAGGUCCGUGGUUACCUCGCCAAGGUGGCAGGUAUUGGUGAAGUGCUUGCUCGCAGACACAUGAAGGUGGUUUUCUUUGGCAGGACCAGUAAUGGCAAGAGCUCAGUGAUCAAUGCCAUGCUGUGUGAUAAGGUGCUGCCAUCUGGAAUUGGACACACCACCAACUGCUUCCUGAGGGUUGAGGGCACUGAUGGCAAUGAAGCCUUUAUCCUCACUGAAGGCUCUGAGGAGAAGAAGAGCAUAAAGACAGUGAACCAGCUAGCCCACGCUCUCCACCAGGAUGAGGACUUGGAUGCUGGCAGCUUAGUCUGUGUCAUGUGGCCAAAAGCAAAGUGUGCUCUGCUCAGGGAUGAUCUGGUGUUGGUUGACAGCCCAGGUAUUGAUGUUACCACAGAACUGGACAGCUGGAUCGACAAGUUCUGCCUGGACGCUGACGUGUUUGUCCUGGUGGCGAACUCUGAGUCCACACUCAUGCAGACGGAGAAAUCCUUUUUCCACAAAGUCAACGAGCGGCUCUCCAGCCCCAACAUUUUCAUCCUCAACAACCGCUGGGAUGCUUCAGCCUCAGAACCUGAAUACAUGGAGGAGGUUCGCAGGCAGCACAUGGACCGCUGUACAAAUUUCCUGGUGGAUGAGCUGGCUGUUGUGGAUCGUACCCAGGCCACGGACCGCAUCUUCUUCGUCUCUGCCAAGGAAGUGCUCCAGGCCCGGGUGCAGAAGGCUCAAGGAAUGCCUGAAUCAGGUGGAGCUCUUGCAGAGGGAUUUCAAGCUAGAAUGUUUGAGUUCCAGAACUUUGAGAGGCGAUUCGAGGAGUGUAUCUCACAGUCAGCGGUGAAGACCAAGUUUGAGCAGCACACAGUGAGAGCCAAGCAGAUCUCUGAAGCUCUGCGCUACAUCAUGGAUUCUGUUCACAUUGCUGCACAAGAGCAGAGGGUCUAUUGCCUUGAAACCAAAGAAGAUCGUCAGUGCCGACUGGAGUUCAUAGAUAAGCAGCUGGACCUUUUGACCAUGGACUGUAAGGCCAAGAUCAAGAAAAUCACAGAGGAGGUGGAAAAACAGGUGUCUAAUGCCAUGGCAGAGGAGAUCAGGAAGCUUAAUGUUUUGGUGGAUGAGUUUCAUUUGGAUUUUCACCCGUCGUCAGUCGUGCUCAAGGUCUACAAGAAUGAGCUUCAUCGGCACAUAGAAGACGGUCUGGGCAAGAACAUGUCACAGAGAUGCUCCACCUCAAUCACUGGCGCCCUGCAGGCCACACAGACGGACAUGAUCGAGGGUCUGAAGCCUCUGCUCCCAGGCCCAGUCAGAGAGCAGUUCGACAAGCUGGUUCCUCGCCAGUGCUUCUCUCUCAGUUAUGACCUUGCCUGUGACAAGCUGUGCAGUGACUUUCAGGAAGACAUCGGCUUCCACUUCUCUCUGGGCUGGACCAUGCUGGUCAACCGUUUCCUCGGGCCCAAGAAUACGCGGAGGGCCCUCAUGGGCUACAAUGAUCAGGUCCCUCGGCCCAUGGCUCUCACUCCAGUCAGCACCAGCAUGCCUCCGUUCCCACAGAGCUCCAUGACCCAGGAGGAGCUGAUGGUCUCCAUGGUGACAGGACUUGCAUCCCUUACCUCGCGUACUUCCAUGGGUGUCCUUGUUGUUGGUGGCGUGAUCUGGAAGGCAGUGGGCUGGCGGCUCAUUGCUCUGUCAGUGGGCCUCUACGGGCUCCUGUACAUCUACGAGCGACUCACUUGGACCACCAAGGCCAAAGAGAGAGCUUUUAAGAGACAGUUUGUGGACUACGCCACCGAGAAGCUGCAGCUCAUCGUCAGCUACACUGGAUCCAACUGCAGCCACCAAGUCCAGCAGGAGUUGGCGGGCGUGUUUGCUCAGCUCUGUCAGCAGGUAGACGUCACUCGUCAGAAUCUGGAGGAUGAAAUCACCGACAUAAACAAGAAGAUCGAGCUGCUGGACAGUCUGCAGAGCAAAGCCAAGCUGCUGCGGAACAAGGCGGGCUGGCUGGACAGCGAGCUGAACAUGUUCACCCAGCAGUACCUGCAGCACAGUAAGUAAAGCAGGCUCAGCGUCCACACACGAGACUGGAGGUCAGAGGAGGAGGAGGAGGAGCUGCUGAAGUCGACACACUGAACAAAAAUUGGAGGAAAAUGUCAACAAUGAUCUCCACAGACGAGAAGGAAUAAACAGUAGAGAGCUGACAGGAGUGGAGUUACUGAAUGUACGUGAUAUGGAUGCAUGAUUGUGAGUUCAGGAUGAGGUCACUGUUGUCAGCAUCACACCAAAAUAACAAAAUAGAAAAUGGCAACAGGUAAUAAAUAAAUAAAUAACAGAAAAGAAACAGCUGAUCCUAGAGGUUAACACGAGGUCACAGUCUGAACUCUCCCUGCAUCUUUAUUGUUCCUGUUCUGUGACUCCAGCUUCUGUCAGAACCUCUGUUCUUGAUAUUCCACUCAACUGUAACGUGACGUGUGUGCAUCGGAUUUUGUGAUUACACGUGUUGAACACUGAACAAGUGCCAUGCUGAAGUCGGAGGGCGAAGAGAGGAAAGUCGUUCAAUGCACUAAAGUGAAAACAGCUGCUGACAUACGUUGCAAAUUGUAUAUGAUGUAGAAAAAAAAAGUCCAGACACAUGUUCACUGAAAUGUUUCAGUGAAAAUGUGCAGACAGAAGUCUGAAUGUUUAUUUGUCCAGUCACCGUUGAAUCUCUGAACAGUUCACUCGCAGGGAUUUAACCAUAUUUUUAUUUAACCAUAACCAUAAGUUGACGGUACGAUAUUUAUUGCAAUAUUUUUACAGUGUCCAGUAUUUAGAGUUUGAUGCAGAAGCAAGUUACGACCGUGUCGAGGCACUUUUGUUUUCAUGAAAUUGACAAAACCCCGUUCACCUCAUAAAGAGAAUAAUGAAGUCUACAUUUACUGUGUGCAAGAAAAACUAUAUGCGUCAUGUUUGGUGAGGAUAGUUUAGGCAUUUUAGCAGGAACCUGGUGUUCAGCUGUGGUCAACAACGUCCAUGUGACACCUCUACUUCCUGUGGCUUCCUGCUUCAGGUCCAUUGGUUCCUACUGAAGACUAUAAAUAUUUAAAGAAAAAAACCUCUCUUAAAUAUUUACAGUGGAGUUUAACUUUUCAACGAGCGCUUACCCGAGCAUUGUAGUCUUAAUUUAAGGAGGAGGAAAGUGCAUUUUUGCAGUGAAUGUUUUCAUCUGCAACACUGGAGGAAACGCACUCAGGAAAAACUUGUCACUAUGAGACAUGAUUAUUGGCUUUUCAUUUCUUUCGAAGAAGAAAAUGAUAGAAUUUCUUUAUGCAAUCAAAAUAUUUAGCAAAGACGUCCCCAAAUUUCCAAACGUCAAAAGAGUCUGUCUCUUGGCACAGAAAUGCCAAAGAUGUGUUUGAGAGCAAUCAACUCUGAAAGCAACUGAGUUCAGCAUGGGGCAGCAGUAUGGAAGUAGGAAGCAAUGUUUUCACUUUGUUCACUUGCGUUAUAUAAUUGCUCAUUAAAUCAUUAAUAAUCCAGAUAGAGGAAUGGUUAACACUGCACUUAUGCCAUGUCAUUGUCUUUUUCACAAGCAAAUUUAAGGGAUUCUUUCAUUUGUUCAUGUUUCAUGUAGAACAGCGGCUGUCAUCCAGCCAUUUCAACAUUAUCAAAUGUUAAUGUUUAGAUUUUUAAAACCAUCUGUGGUAUAAAGAGUGAAUUGAUUAUUUGAGCUACUUUAGAACAAUGUCAAGCAUCUGCUUUCUCUAAAUCCACUCUAAAAACCUGACUAUUGGUCUCACACAGCACUUGUUUGUGCACUAAAAACAUACACAGACUUACACGUGAAGGGUAUGUGAAUGUGGGCAAAUCCAGCACAAGAGCCCUUUUUUUUUGAAAAGAAAUGAUUCCUUUGGUUUCUGAAACGUGUAUAUAAUGUAAUUUAACAAUUUGCCUUCGAAUUGGAAACAAAGGGGAAAUGAUGAAAGAGAGAAAACCUUGCGUAAGAUUGGACGAGAGUGGGUUUUUCCCAGUUUGUACGUCUCAUUAAUGGCCAAUGCUGUGAAAUGAAGCCAUACACUGUGUUGCCAUGUGAGCAGGAGAACUGGUGGAUGACGCUUCCUUCACACUAAAGACAUGCACUUUAUCAAGUUUAUGCUUGUGAUUGUUUUUUUCUUUUUUUCCACUUCAGGUUGUGUUUGUUGUGUUUGUUAUGUUUGGCUUGAGGGAGGUUUACAGAUCCUGCAUGCAGUGAUUGUUGUAGUUUGUUGAUCUGUCAACAUGUAUGUAUUUAAAAAGGAAAAUAAAGGUGGCAAAGCUCAAA